UCGGUAUUACAAUAUAAAGUUCACGGAACGCACCGCUCUACCAAACUAUAGUCAACAAUCGACCUCUAUAGUAUUUUAUAUUGUCAUAAUCGACUCGCACGUGGUGUCGAGCGCGCGUCGGUCCCAUCACUAAACACGUCAAAAAUUGGCGCGAAACGUUAUUUUAUUUUUAAAGUAUUCUUUUCUUGAAUUUGAAAAUUGAACGUUGAGUUUUUUUGUUGUUGUUGUUUGUAAAAUGUUGAUUUAGUUUAAUGGAAAGGAGUUUUUAAAGGUUUUAGUGAUUAAAAGUGUUUUUAGUGAAAAUGAAAACUUUUUUGUUUAUUUUUUUGGCGGGCUACGCUGUGAGAUGCGAUGAUUCGAAUUACUACGUCGUCCAAAUGCCAGAACGAACCUCCACAAAGGAGUUCAAAGUAUACUGGAACGUGCCCACCAUGCAGUGCACAUCGAAGAAGAUUCCCUUCGACGACCUGGAUACCUACGGCAUCAUACAGAACACCGGGGACAGCUUCAGAGGGGACAAGAUCGCCAUACUGUAUGACCCGGGAGCAUUCCCCGCUUUGCUAGAGAACAGCACGACCGGGGAGAUUAAGUACAGAAAUGGUGGAGUGCCCCAAGAAGGGGAUCUGAUCGUACAUCUGAAUACAUUCCAGAAUGUUCUCGAACAGAGUGUGCCCGAUAGGAAUUUUAAUGGUAUAGGCAUCAUAGACUUCGAGUCAUGGCGGCCGGUGCUUCGGCAGAACUUCGGUACGCUGACGCCCUACAAGGACGUGUCGUACGAGAUUGAGAAGAAGAGGCACUGGUGGUGGAAGAAGCAGUGGAUUGAGGAAGAGGCGAAGCGUCGUUUCGAGAAGUCUGGCCGCGACUUCAUGCAGGCGACCAUAGCAUUAGCGAAGAAGAUGCGUCCGCUCGCGUUGUGGGGGUACUACGGGUUCCCGUACUGCUUCAACAUGGCGGACAACAACAGGCAGGAGGCGUGCGCUGAUAAAGUGCCGCAGGAGAAUAAUGCUAUAAGCUGGUUGUGGAAGGAGAGCACAGUGCUCCUGCCGUCGGUGUACAGCUCGUCAUCCAUGUCGGCGGGGCAGCUGGCCGCGCUCAUCCGGGGCCGCGUGCGCGAGGCCGCGCGGCUGCGCGCGCCGCGCACUCCCAUACUGCCCUACUUCUGGUACCGGUAUAGAGACGCCGGCUUCUUUAAUGAGACUGAAUUAAAAUUGGCUCUCAGCACGUUUUACAAAUCAAACGCCUCCGGCUUCAUAAUCUGGGGUAGCUCCAGUGACGUCAACACGGUCGCCAAAUGUAACAAUCUUAAAGAUUACGUCACAAACAUCUUAGGACCUGCUGUAGCCAAAUACACUAAACCCAUCGUGAGACAAGAUGAAGAAGUAGAAGAAACAUACAACCUUAUUUUUAACAAUGAAUCACAAUAUGAUCCAGAAUACACUUGGAUCCCACCAGUGAAUUACACGCAAAAUAUAGAACAUAUGGUUACUCAAGAACUAAAAGAUAAAAAUGAAACCACGGUUCUAGAUACAGACACAGAGAGUAUUCUAGUUGAUAUGAUUUUAAAUAAGAUUGCUAAUUAUUGCGUCGAUGGCUGUGAUAAGCAUAAAGUGAACAAGACUGUUACGGGUGAUAAUAGUACUACUAGUGAAGCUCCUGUUGCGCUGGUUACUGAAGAUCCUUUCAAAAAUGUUACUAAAGUCGUAGUUACUGAACCAACCACAACAGAUGAAGAAAUGUAUGAAUACGAUACGACAGGUGACGGCACUGGAAAAGACUUCUAUGAUGGUAACGACUACGGUGAAACCAGCUCUAUACGUACAGAAGGAACUAGCACUACACAAACAACAGAGAGUAGUACCACAAGUGUAAAUACAGAAGAUACUAGUACUACUCCUAAAGAAGAAGAAAAAACAACUCUUAGUAUUAGUGCAGAAGAAAGCAGUACUUAUGGUACAAAUACACCAGAACCCAGUACUUAUACUGAGAGUACAAAAGGUACUUCUACAUUAGAAGUUAGUACAAUAGAGCUUAAUAACGAUACCACAAGUACAACUGAAAAUAAUUUAGACAAUACAAGUACUGAUCAAAGUAGUACUAUAGAUGAUAACGUUACACGAAGUACAGUAGAAUCUAGUACUACACAAAGUACGGAAGACUACAAAACUGAAAGUACUAGUCUAAGAGCAGAUGAUAGUAUAACGAGUACAAUUGAAGCAGUCAGCUCGAAUACAGAAGAAUCUAGUACAAUUUAUCCUACGUUAGGAGCGGAGAUCUCGACAGAUGUCACUAAUAGUAUUGAUAGUACCAAGGGUACUAAUGGUGAUGGUACGACCGUGGCGCCGGUGCUAACUGAACAGGUUGUUGUUUCCGUUGUUUAAGGUUUGUUAACUGUUGUUUUAAUUUUAUGUUUUCGACAACUAUCUACUAAAAUAUUUGGAAAAAUAACUAGAUCUAUUCAAGAAAGAAAUCAGUUAGAAUUUGAUACUGUAGAUGCCCUGUUUGGUAUUGCUUAGAGGAUUAUAGAGACCAGUAGGCGUUUGAGAGAGUCACUAAGCAAAGUAUUGUGUUUUGAUGCGGUCGUAAAAAUGAAUGGCCAAUCAUUAGUAUUCCUAUUUUAUAUCAUCUCUAUGCCGAAGUUCAUGCAUUUACUACUCAAGCCCAAUGAGUCUGUCUCAUUAGUAGAUAGUUGUUACUAAUAAAAGAUUUACUAAUUUUGUUAAUUUAAUUGAUUUUGUUUCACCAUUUAAUCCUGCAUUUUGUUGUACUUAAUUUGCUUGUAUUGUUACUUAUUUUUAUUUAUUAAGUUUUGUGCUGUAAUAACAUCUAAUUUAGCACUUUUUGUAACAGCAUUCUUUAAAUUUAUUGUUGUUUUUACUAUUAAUUGUACUAAUAUGCUUAGAAUAAGGUCGAAAAGAUAUUUUUUUUAAAUAAUAGAAAGUAAUUUUGAGAAAAGAUAAGGUUAUUUUAGUUAGCAUUUAAACAUGAUAUUAUAAUCACUAUUGCACGUCUGUCACAAUUCCAGUGUUAAGUAAAUGGAGAAAAUCAGAUCACUACAUCAGUGAAUAUCGCAUCAGUGUAUUUUUUUGACAAUUUUAAAUACUGAAUUCAUAGUAUUUGUCGUAUUUUACGGGAUCAUCUGGUAACUUAAUUUCAGUCUCAACAUGAGCUUCACAUUCUUUAAUCAGCACUUGCCAUAUUUUCGAUCUUAUUCCCACUAACAUAAAGAUUACUAUCUUUACUAACUACUGGCACUUACGUACUGUCUGCAACUAACUCUACUCGUUCUAACACUCCUUCAUCUUCGCUUGCUGUUGUCUCGUUAUCUACAACUGUGUUUAUGUCUAGGUGUUGGGGUCUGUCUCCAGAGCUAUCACCAGUAAGCCGAUUGCGUGUUCCUUGUUCUAUUUCUACUCCAUCACCAAAUGUCUGUGCGUUUUGUUUGGGAAUUGUUGAGGUGGCGGCUAAUGACUGACGUUUUUCAACUGAUUAUGAUGAUGAAUUUGAACAUGUGUCGUUAAAUUGUCAAACUCCUUGUUUGAAUACCUAUUGAAUUUUGAGGAAUGUAAAAAAAUAUUUAAAAAACCGUAAAUACUUUAAGAAAAAAUUACGUUAUGUGUCAAAUUAAGCCUUAUGUUGGUUUUAGAGCUCUUGGUUCAAAAAACUAUUUUUAACCGAUGUUAAACGUAUUCGACGGCAUCAAAGAAAAUUUACUUUAGAGUCCGGGCACUGGUGUUGUCCACUGGCAGUAUUGCAAUAGGUGCAAUAGGUAUUUAAACAGAUCAUUAGCGACAAGAAUAAUAUUCCUAAAAUAAUUUAACGAAGCAGGUUUUCACAAUCGGGAGUGUAAAGUGUACGAUCUGUGAAGAAAAAAAAAAUUUCACUUCUUACGGUAAUCAAAUUAAUCUCUACACAUUUUUUAUUGUUUUAAAAGAACUCCCGUAUAAGGAAUUUAAUCAUUGUGCCUUGGGGGGUUCAGAUGCUCAGAAUAAAGCCGGAAACCCGCGACACGUCGCGCACUGUAGGUUCAACCACUCGGUUAUUCAUGCAGUCCACCUUUUUCGCAGUAAAUUUAUUGACCUAAAUAAAUUGAAGAUUUUUUAUAAUAGAGACUUAAAAACUGAGACGUAAACAGUCUGUCGUCUAUUCGCUAGACAAAGUGAUAUGUCUCUAGCUCUUAACCUUGACCGAAUCGUUCCAACAUAUGGAAAUGAAGUAUGGAAAUGUUUUUUCCAGGCAGUUGAGCGAUUUGUAUCACAGUUAUCGCUUGCCUUGUCUGGAAGCCAGUUUAUUCUGUGACAUUUAUGUUAUUGUAUCUAUAAAAUAAAUUUCUUUAAUACAUGUCUUCUUACUAUCACCAUUUUGUGUCAGCGUUCAUUUUAACUAACUUAACUAAACAGGUUAAUCUCUCGACUAAAUGACAUUUUGAAAUAAAAAAGCAAAAUCAAAUUUAGUCAAUCCGUUUGAGAGCUACGAUGGCGCAGACAAUCACACGAAGCCCACUUGUGCCCAUCGUAUGUGCUAUUUCUUCUAUAUAAAUAAAGCGUCAGUCGUUAGCUGUGUACAUUUGUGACUAAUCAUUUUAUCUGUGAUAUGUUUUAGUAUAAUUUUGUUAUAUUUUUUGUGAAUAUUGUCAAUCUUGUCAUUGAUAAGAAUAUAGAUAUAUUUUAUGAAA